UCUAAUCAUCAAAUCAGACGCGAAGAAUGGACGAGUUCGACCGUUUUGGAUUUCGUCGACGAGAGAAAGGAGACGACAUAUUACAGAACAAAAACGACGUGCCAACGUCCGUGACGAGAAGAAGAGAAAAGAAAUGGAUGAACAUGCUCGAGCCAAGAGCAUGGGACACAGCGAUGAAAAAGAGACGAACGCAAGUGAAGCGGAGAUGCCGCAAGGGAAUUCCCCAGUCGUUGCGAGGAUUGGCAUGGCAACACCUGAGUGGCAGCCACAUACUCAUGAACCAAAGUUCAGGACAGUACGAGACGCUACUAACAACUGAAGACACUGACAUCGUUGUUAAUGUGAUUGACAAGGAUGUAUUCAGAACAUUUCCUGAGCAUCAGCUUUUUACAGAGGAACAUGGACAACAGGAUUUACGGAAUGUUUUAAAAGCCUAUUCUGUGUAUGACAGCCAAACAGGAUAUUGCCAAGCAAUGGGUCCUAUUGCAGCUACUUUAUUGAUGCACAUGCCAGCUGAGCAAGCAUUUUGGUGUCUGGUUAGAAUUUGUCAUAAGUAUAUGAACAACUAUUUUGGGCCUCAACUGGAAGCUGUACAGUUGGAUGCCUGCAUUUUCGAUGGCUUACUUUCAAAAUUAUUUCCAAAGAUUAGGAAGCACUUGGCUACAUACAACGUUCACUCUCUCUUCUACAUGACUGAGUGGUUCAUGUGCAUCUACGUCAGGACGUUACCUUGGCCUCUCGUUUUGAGAGUUCUUGAUAUCUUCUUCUGUGAAGGAAUAAAAGUUUUGUUUCAAGUCGGUCUUGUUCUUCUUAAUAUGGCAUUUGGCACUGUUGAAAAGAGAAGUCGAUACACAAGUCUCCAGUCAAUUACUGACAGAUUGAAAGAGUUGCCACAUGAACUUGACCAUGAAGGAUUCAUUCAGGAGGUGCUGGCACUAAAGCUGAAUAAAGAUGAUUUGGUGAGGGAACAUAUGCUCCAACUUAGUCAGAAAGCAACAAGCAGCAAAUGAUUUUAUUUACAAACUGAAAUUUAAAUUUAUAUAUAGUUUUGAAGAUUUCACUUGCAC